AUGGGAGGCCGCAAUCACCACCACCCACUGCCACGAUGGAAGCCGCUUCUAAUUACAAUUGGAGAUUCCUUCGACUCUGUUGAAUCUGAUAUAUUCACUGUUGUAGACACAAUUGUCAAUUUAAACAACUUAGAUAAUGAUAAAUUAAUUGAAUUAUUUCUAAAAUGCGUAGAAGGCUUCACUUUUAAGACAGGUAUUUAUGCUAGCAUUGCGGGUAUAUUAAAUUCAAAACUGGGUAACUCCUUUUCCAAAAGAUUAUGCGAGAAACUACAAUAUAGACUUAAAAAUUACCUCAUCAGCGGAGAUAGGGUUAAAUUUAUAUUAAUAUUCCGAUUUUAUAUUUCGUUACACUGUGUCAAAUUCAAUGUGGAUGUAUUUGAUUUUUUUGACAAGCUUCUAUUGCUCCUGGACAAUAUACAGGAUAAAAUCGUUAUCACUAAUGACAUAUCCCACGUAGAACUUUCUGUAUUAGCCGAUAAUAUCUGUUACAGCAUCUUAUGUGCCAUUCCGUGGUUUGAUAGGCAAACAUUUAGUGUUAAUUCAACGGAUAUUGAGAAGAUUAUUAGCAAGUGUACUGAUUAUCUUAAAUCAAGGGUCAAGAAUUUUGACAAAUUGAAGAAUAAUCCCUCAGCCAGUGUUGUGGAAUCGUACAUAACAAAUAUCGCAAACCAAUACAUCACAAAGUUGGAUUACUGUGGAGAUUACUAUUAUAUUAAGUGUUUUAAUGAUAUAUAUGAUAAUGAAUAUCAAGACAUUCUUUUACAAUCUCUAGAUGCCAUACAAAGUUUUGUGAAUAACGAUCACAAAUCAAGUGUCACAUACCGUUUCUAUCAAAUGCCCAGUAUUAAAACAUAUUUCACUGAGACGCCAGAUCAAUCAGAAGGAUAUCUUAUAAAUAAUGACGAGAUUAUUUCAGAGUUAUGGGAUCCAAUCGUAGCUAAACCACUACCAAUAUUAAAGAUAUGCAAGAUGGAAUCUAAGGAUAUAUAUGUACAUGAUAUAUGGAUAUUCCAAGAGCAUAUAAUCGCCACAAUUAACUGUUUCAAAACAGAUUGCAAGCAGUGUGCAACACAGAUAUUAAGAAUUCCAUUAAAUUCUGGUGACAAGGAAUCACUAAUUGUGAAAACAAUUUUAAAUAUAAUGUUAGAACCACUGAGUGAUGAGUUCUUUGUGGGUUUCAAUACAUUGUUACUCUGCCACAUGUCGACACUACUUCACAAUAUUGAUAUUGUGGUGGAUAAGGAGAUUCAAUCAAUAAUGGAUAAAGUAUCGCAAAUGGAUUACCACGUUUUUAAUACUUUUAUAAGAUUCUGUGCAUACUGGUACAGCUUUUCAGUAUCAAAAAUAUCUAUAUCCCACAUUAGUAGGUUUAAGGAUAUACAAAUUAAGCUGGAAUCAAAUCCAGAAUUUGUCGAUAUCAACAACGUAAAUACCAUUGGGCUGCUAAGUGAUGAGGAUAGGAUGAGGUUGAUGGAGAGUAGGAAUAAGGAAAUAAGCAAUUUAAUGUUAAACGAAAGAGUUCCUUAUAGGAUAAAGUUGCUGGAACAGAUUAACCGUUUGUUGUUCGUGGACAAAUAUUAUUACUUCAUACCUCAAGAUUUGAAGCCUUACAUAGACGUAGUUAAUCCUACAAACUUUUUAGGAAUUGAUAGUACUUUUGAUUACACCAAUACAUUUGAGUUUGAGGCUAUUACCAAGCUUUUACACAUAAAAAAGAUGGGAAAUGAGGAAUACACGCUAAUAAAUUCGAGGAUACAGAAUUUCAUUAACAAUAUGAUUGGAAAGCCGGCUUUGACAGAGAGUGCCAAUAAGAUAUACGAUCGUGUUCCUAAUUUGGAGGAUUCUGGCAAUAGAUAUAUUGGUGCAAACGGUAAAAUUUGGACUUGUAAUGAAUUGGUUGAAAUAGCUUUAUGUGCACUAUUUCAAUUGUCCGAAAAUAAAUCGCAAUCCCACAUCAAUCGCCUCAUUGAUAAUCAUUGGAAUUUUAUUUCCAGCCUCCCCAUAGAAGAUGAUCAUUUAAUUCUCAAGACAAUAUCCAAACUAUUUUCUUCUAAUCCCAAAAGACUAGAAUUGGCUAUUGAGCACCUAGUAUCCACAAACUGUAUAGAUGAGUUAACAAUUUUGAAAUUCAUAUUUACCAUCCCGAUAGACGCGUCAAAUAACUACUCCUUCUGGGUCGAUCUAAUUGACAUUGUGUUGACGUGUAAAAAUGAUGCUGUAAACGAAUGUUUUUUAUUAUUUUGCAACAAAAUUAACGAAUACCCGGCGCACGAGUUGGAGUUGACAAAGUAUUUUAUUCAAUUUGUAAGGCACUGGUAUAAGCAUAUUAAUUUUGCGGAGUUGAUUGGCAAAAUUAACCUAUCUCACCAGUUGAUGGAUGUGAUCAUAAUGUUCGCCCACUUGCCCCAAAAAUUAACUUAA